CAGUCGCUCAGUCCGCGUUCAACCAUCGAGCGGAGCGCACGUCAUGGACAAUAAUGUCGUUUCGUAGACUCCUAACAGCGAUGCGAUCCGCCCGGGACGCCAUACACCGCGGCGCCCCGAUGGCCGAUGGAGUCCUAAAGUCCUUAUUAAGUGUGGUGGUUAUUUGUUGCAUCGCAGUAUCCUCCCCGCAGGCGGCGUCUGCGAAACCCUUUACCUUCAGUCUACCGGCGAGCUGGUCUCUUGCAGGUCUCGUCGGCAGCGUUGGCGCCAGAUCCGACAACGCGAUCAGCAAGGACCCCGGGGUGAAGCCGUACUCCGGGAGGCGGGUGGCCAACGACACCCUCCGUAUGAUAUACUUCCACGACCAGACUGUGGCGGUCGUGGAACUUGGGGAGGAUAAGCUGCUACUGAACUGCGAGCUGAUUGAGACCUAUGAUGAAGACGACACGGGUCGGCUGCUGCGCCACCUCAGCAGAAUCAACCGGCCGCUGGGCAUCAACUUCCUGCAGAUGAUCAAGCUCAUGGGACAAUGCCAGCAGGUCACGACACGACUGUACGAUCAGCUGGAAGGUCUGGAAUCAGGUGCGGAAAGUAACCGCGAGAUCUGGAGCGAGGAGACGGAUGCGGAGGCUCGGUUGCGAGCUGGCGGCGCGCACGCCGGCUUCUUUGGUGGCAGCCCGCUGUCCUUGUUACAGGGAAUCAUACCCGGUACAAAAUGGUGUGGGACAGGCGACAUAGCAACCGACUACCACGACCUGGGCGCCGACCGCGCGCUCGACCGCUGCUGCCGCACGCACGACCUCUGCCCCUCAAAAGUUCGCGCCUUUUCCAGAAGAUAUAACCUCACCAACAACUCCCUAUACAGCAAAUCGCACUGCAAAUGCGACGACAUGCUCUUCGAGUGCCUCAAAUCGACGAACACCUCAGCCUCACAGCUCAUGGGACACAUUUAUUUCAAUUUAGUCCAAGUGCCGUGCCUCGAGGACCGGCCCAACGGCAGGCGGUUUCGGAACGCGAGACCGGGCUUCUAGCGACAUCUAGCGAAUAGAUGAAAUAGUUCGAAUUGUAUUAGCGCCAUCUAGUGGUUCGUUUGCACAGAUUUAAUGUUACGCUGUAAAUUGCAUUUAAUGUAAUGAUCAUCGUGAGUUGUAAAUAAUUUAGUACCUAAAUAUUAUUAUGUAUUAUAUGUUUUAUUGUAAUUAUUUAGAUAUUAAACCUGUGAUAUGUCUGUGCCUUGUAAUGUUCUACGUAAUUUAGGGAUGGCGCUGUUAAAAUAUUAAAUAAUUUAGUCACUUUAUUACAUUUUAAGGUUUAUUUAUUUUGUUUAUAUUAUUAAAACAUCGUUC